UGAACAUGGCAAUGGUUUGGAUACUUAUGAAGGGAAAAAGAUAAGACUUUGCAUAAUAUGAUCGCUAUGGUGUGAACACAGAGGAGGCAAAGUCCUCACAGCAGGACGGCAUUUCAAAAGGAUUAAAUGCUCAGAGCAGUCAUUCUGCAAAUGUCACCAUGAUCAUCUCCAGAACAGAUCAAACUCUUGCCUGCCUUCUUGUCUUUGUGAUGGCAGGAGCAGAGGUGCAGGAGAACAUCUCACCAGAGUGUAAACAGUUCCUCUACAAGGGCACACUACCUCGAGGGCUGGAGGAGAAGUCUUUCAAGAAGAUCUGUCAGUUCUACGCAGGAAACCCACGCUUUGUCACCUUGUAUGACACCUACAACCACAUCCCUGUUUACUCUGCGUACACCUUCAAGCGCUCGGAUGGCUCCAAGAAGGUUGAUGUGCCUUGGAUGUAUGAGCCACAGCUCUCCACAGUGUCCGGCCCCAGAGAGAUGCAGCAGCUCCCCUCAGAAAACCUUCACAAGAGUUUUGAGGAUGCUCAGGCCGUGCUAGAGGACUACUCUGACAGCGUCAUCUUUGAGAGGGGUCAGCUGAAUCCAGACGAGCACCAGGCCCACCCCGAUGACAAAGCUGCCACCUACACUCUGACAAACGUGGUCCCUCAGGUCCGAGAGUUCAACAUCGGCCCCUGGAAAAAGCACGAGCACACCAUCCGCAGGCGCCUCAACAACUACUGCCGGGGCACUGCUUACGUAAUCACAGGGAUCACCACCUCGGGGCUCACCAUUCGCCGCCACAACAUCAACCGCCUGGGCAUCCCCACCUACCUCUGGUCGGCUUAUUGCUGUGUUGAUUUUGACCACAAUGCACCGUACUCGGAGCGGUCAAAGUUUCCAGCGUUUGCAGCUUACGGGCUCAACGACAGGGAGAAUAAUAGGGUGCAAGAGAUGACAGUGCAACAGCUGGAGGACUUUCUGAAGAAGGUGACUUAUGUUGACAGCUCAUUCCAGGUUUUCUAUGAUAACUGUGUGCCUCCUGGUAGCUCUAACAUGGCACUGCACCUCUCUUAAUAGGAAUGGUGUUUUAGAUGGUGUUCAGGUGGUCCUUUUUGCUUAAGAGUGACGCAAUACAGGGUCAAUAUGAGCAGAUUUUUAAAAAUCAGCCAUUUACUGCAAUUAUAACUUGCAUCAGUGUAUUUAAUCUUGCAUUUUUGGGGGUGAAUAAAAUGUAUGGCAUUGAAAGUGA